GCCUAUCAUUUCUACAACAACAAUAACAACGAGAGUCCCCUCCAAAAAGAAUCACCAAUCAUAAUGUAUCUUCGACUCCCCCUUACCUCGCUUAUCCUCAGCACAUUUACCCGGCGCUCAUUCUCCCAAACUCCGCCCUCGGAUCCUGAAUUGCAGGCCUCCCAUAUCCUGCAACAAUGUCUUCAGGCGCGCUCCGUUCCCUAUUCGAAUGCUACUUCUCCGAAUUGGGCCAAUUUGACUACUCCUUUCAAUUUACGUCUGCAGUAUACACCUACGGUGGUAACGUUGCCGAAGACGGAGGAGCAGGUAGGGAAUAGUGUGGUUUGUGCUGCGAGGGCGGGUUUGAAGGUUCAGCCAAGGGGUGGGGGACAUAGUUAUGCGAGUUAUAGCAUUGGGGGGAAGAAUGGCAGUGUGGUGGUCGAUAUGAGUGGGUUUGAUGAGAUUUUGGUGGAUCAGAAAUCGUAUAUUGCGAAGAUAGGUGCGGGACAGAGAUUGGGUAAUGUGGCGUUGGGUAUUCAUGAGCAGGGCGGAAGAGCUUUACCGCACGGAACGUGUGCUGGUGUUGGGAUAGGUGGUCAUGCAACUCAUGGAGGAUAUGGCUAUGAUUCCCGUCUUUGGGGACUAGCACUCGAUACAAUUGUUGGCCUCGACGUUGUUCUCGCCAACGGCACAUUGGUUCACACAACCGAAACUGAGAAUACAGAUCUCUGGUACGCAUUACGAGGCGCCGCCGAUGCUUUUGGCAUUGUCACAAAUUUCUAUAUGCAAACAUUGGCUGCACCAGCCGAAGUGACAUAUUUCACGGCCAAUCUCUCAUCUACGCUUUCCAGCGCAGACAAAGUCUCUACUGCAUUUUUGAGGACGCAGGAUUUCGUUCUGAAGAGCCCUUUACUUACACCGAAUAUAUCAUUUGGAUUCAACGUCAAUAGUGCGGGUGGUCUCGCAAUCACAGGAAUGUGCACCUUUUGCGAUCUUGUCCACUUCCGGGACAUCGUCUUCCCUCAACUUGUAUCCGGCUUCGAUAUCGAUUCCCGAAACAUCACAAAUCUUUCUUGGAUCGACACACUAGCUACACUCGCAGCUCCUGAUCCGCUAGCUCAACCCCUCCUAAACUACGAUUUACACGACACCUUCUAUGUCAAAUCUCUCGUGACCAAGAAUGAAAAACCUCUUUCCCCCGAAGCGGUCCAUGCGUUUUUCUCCUACAUCCUCUCUCAUCAAUCUUCAGAGAUCCCAUAUUUCUCCAUCAUCAAUCUGUACGGUGCCCCCGGCUCCGCGAUCGAUAGCGGAGAGCUAUCCUCCUCCAGUCAUGCAGAUAUGGACGCGCUCUGGGUAUUCCAAAAUUACGGAUACACGCCCAACCAUUUGCCACCCUGGGAUAAUCGCAUCACAGACGUGAUUGAAGGUAUGACGGUCGCGGUUAUCGACGCGCAACCAAGCGGCAAUUUCUCCGGCUAUGUGAAUUACGUGGAUCCGGAUCUGUCGGCGGAAGAAGCGGCGGAACAGUAUUAUGGAAAUAGUACGUAUGAUAGAUUGUUGGGUAUAAAGACGGAUGUGGAUAGUGGGUUUGUGUUUUGGAAUCCGCAAGCUAUUGGGAAUGUGGGAGUUUUGCCUGUGGAAGUUAGAGGGGAGUAACUGGGGGUGGUUUGGAUGGGUUUUGCAUUUUUGGUGGUUUGGAUUUUGAGUCCUGGGUUGCGAGUUGCGGAUUGCAUAUAGAUGGAGUUGAGGUUAAUAUUUAAUGAUGAAGCGCUGCUUGUAUUCCGUGUCAGCGUGCUGUUUUUUCUUCUAUGAACUUAGUUUGGGGAAAUUCCCUAGAUUCUGAUUCUCAGCGUCGCAAUUAUUCAGCUCAAGUUUGUUUCAUUCAUUGACCAUGUAUGGUGCUCCA